AUGGUAGACCUAACAGAGGAGAUAAAGCGCGAGAUCGGGCAGCAUUUCGUUAUCGGGUUCCACGGCUACAGCGCAAGUGAGGAUAUCAAAACGCUGAUCAAAGACUACCAUCUCGGGAAUGUGAUCCUGAUGAAACGGAACGUUCGUGACGUACAGCAAGUAUGUGCGCUCGUUCGGGAGCUUCAGACGUGUGCGAAGGAGUCUGGACAGGAAAGACCGUUGAUGAUCGGUAUCGAUCAGGAGAAUGGACUGGUUUCUGCUUUCAGCUCGCCGAAGGCUGGAACUCAAUUCCCGGGAGCGAUGGCGAUUGCCGCGACGGACUCUCCCGCGCUGGCAGAAGAAGUAGCCUAUGCGACGGGUCGAGAGCUUGCCUACGCGGGGAUAAACUGGGCCUACAGUCCCAUAGCAGAUAUCAACUCUGAUCCACGCAAUCCUGUCAUUGGCGUGCGUUCCUUCAGCGACGACCCGGCUACGGUCUCUGCGUUCGCGAGGGCUGUGGCGAGCGGUUUGACUCGGGCUGGCAUUGCACCUUCGCCGAAGCAUUUUGCGGGUCACGGAGAUACCCAUGUGGAUUCACACCUUGCACUACCCGUUAUCGAGAAGGACAUGAAGGCGCUGGACCAAGUCGAGCUCAUGCCUUUCAAGGACCUGAUCAAGGACAGUGUAGCGACGAUCAUGACGGGUCAUAUGGCAUUGCCGAAAGUGACGGGGGACGACACGCCAUGCUCGCUCUCCCGGCGGUUGACGAAGGGCCUCCUUCGGGAUGAACUCGGAUACGAAGGCAUUAUCGUCACUGACUGCUUGGAGAUGGAAGCUGUCGCGGAUAAAUAUGGGUCGGAAGAUGGCGCCGUUCGCUCGCUUGAAGCAGGAGCAGACAUCGCAAUGAUCUGCCAUAGGUUUGCGCGGCACAAAGGAGCCAUUGAAGCUACUUACGAGGCGGUGCGCACCGGACGACUGAGUCUUGACGAUAUUCGCCAAAGUGGGAAACGCAUCCAAGCAUUGAAAGACAGGUUUUCCAACUCAUGGGAUAGUGUCCUCGGAAUUCCACCAGAAGCGACUUGGAUCGAAAUGAAGCGUGCCCAUGCUGCACUGAGCGAUAAAGCCUAUGCUGCGUCGGCGGCCUUGAUACGAGAUGCCGGUGGUCUCAUUCCCCUGGAUCCGAAAGCGCCCCUCGUUCUGUUCACGCCUGAGGUACAGAAAAUUAACCUUGCGGUGGACGAUAGCGGACCACUUCCAGAAGGCGCGCUACUCGACAAGAACGGAAAGCUCCGUAACACAGCCAGUCCCUCAUACCUCUCUUUUGCCGGAUACCUCGAAGGCAAGACGCAUACACAGCAUAUGGUCUAUGGACCGGAUCAGCCAAUUGACUCGCAGCUGGAUACGAUUUUACCUCUAGCGGCUGGCACAUCCGUCAUAUUCUGCACCAGAAACGCAGAUCGCGCCACGUGGCAGAUUGACCAACUUCGCGCCUUGUUUGCCGCUCUUGGAACUGCAAGCCCUCGGAUUGUGGUCCUUGCCACAUGCGCGCCAUACGACUUGCUUGAAGUCUCCGGGAUGAAGGAUUUGUCGUAUAUGGCGACAUUCGAGUUUACAGUUCCUGCCUUAAAGACGGCGGUGAAGGUGUUAUUUGGGGAGCUGAAGGCGGUCGGAAAGGUUCCGGUCAUCGGGGGGAAAGCUUGA